AUGUCGCAAGAGAUUUUGGUGACAAUCACUACUGUGGUUCUUAACGAAAUCACCUAUACGGAAGCCAGCACAAAUAUAGUGUACGUGACCGCCAGAGACGUGAAACCAGGAGACGUCGUUAUAGUCACUGCCACUGGAGACGCCAUUACACUCACAACCACGCUAAAAGCAAUCACAAGCACAGCUACAGAAAUCAUCCCGCCAUAUGCAACGAGUGCUUGUCCGAAUCAUAGUGCAUAUGUUGAAGCAUGUCAAAGUCAUUUAAGCGUGGUGAUAGCUACUAUCACUAUCACAGCUUCUACUUCCUAUAUAACGGAGUACACUACUGUGAACCUACCAGGAACCUCGUUUGAAAGUUCGAUCACUGCACCCGGUUCGAAUAUUGUGGGAACUAUUAGUGCGAUUCCUUCUACUGAUGUUCAAGGACCAACAUCUGGCAGUAGCUCGAGCUCGAGCUCAACUGUAGUGGUUGACUCAACUCCUCUCGUCAUCCGAAAUACUUCUUCCGCUCAAUCAUCCGGAACUUCAAUCAACUUAUCGACGAAGCCAUCGGCCACUACCAAGUUAAAUACUGAAGUUUCGACGUCUACUACUACGAUCGCUCCCAGUGCUGUUUUAUUCAGUCUUACAUUCAGUGCUGGCAGUCUAUCAUCAGGAUCUUCUGCUCAGGCGACAGUCCCCCUGAACCCAUUUUCUUCUACAUUUGGUUCAGACUCGGCUUCAUCCCAGAGUACAUCAACGACUUUCCUAUCAAACUCUCCCACUUCAAGCGCAGGAGGCUCCCUUCCUUCUUCCAUUAUAUUGCCGUCAACAUUUUCGACUAUUUCGACUUCAAAUUCUUUAGUUUCCAGUUUGAAUAUAUCUUAUACUACACCUUCAUCAUCAACUAGCACAGGGUUCUCGAUAUCCUCUUCAACUACCUCUUCCAGUUCAGUCUCAGCACAAUCAUCAUCUUCAACAACCUCUUUGACAUCACUUUCAUCCACAUUCUCCACCGUUACAUCUCAACUCGCUACAGACAGCUCUCUUACCUCUACUUCUUUCCCCAUCUCAUCCUCAUCUCCCGUUCCUCGACCCCCCGUCUCUCCCCUUAUCGCCACGUGUAACGCACCAUCCGCUUGCCGUCAAAAUCAAUAUUGUUCUUCAGACAAUACCUGCUUAUGUCGUAUGUCUCAUCCUCCUUUUCCCUAUUCUUUCCCAUCAUACAAAUCCGCUGAUACACCCUUCCCCAUAGAACCAACCGUAAACGGUACCGGCUACUGCAUGGCCGAUACCCCCUGCGCUGCCCUCUCCUCCUGCACCAUUGACUCGGAUUGCGGCAUCGGUUCCGCAUGCAUGAGAACAUGUUGUUCUGCCAAUAAAUGUCUUUCGCUUCAGGGCUUGUGCCAAAAUCCUAACAUGGCGAUUGUUAUUUUUAAGAGGGGUGAGGAGGGGAGUCGUGGUCAUAGGAUGGUUGGAGAAAUAGGAGACGGAGAGGAAGAGGAAGAGUGGACUAAUAGGGGACCAUGGGUUAAGAGGUUAGGAAAAAUGUGA